CCCUUUCUCUCGCUCACUGACCGUCCGUUCGUCCAUUAUACACCAAUGCCUCGCGUUUACGAUCUCUGUGCACGUAUUCAAAAUGGCUUCCGAUCACGACUUCAGACGAUCGCCAUUCCCGAAACCAAAAUGAAUCUCGCUAUUUGCAACAUAUUAUACCGUGAAGGUUUCUUGUCGUCUGUCACGCGAGGCAACCACGUUGGACCCGAUGCCGAGUAUACCCCUACCACCAACGAAAAUGUUGCCACCCGCCGUCUGUGGCUCUCAUUGAAGUACAAGGACAACUCGCCCACGUUGAGCCACCUCUCUGUCAUUAGCAAGCCUUCCAAGAAGGUCACAUUCACCGUCAAUGAACUGAAGAGCGUUGCUAGUGGACGACGAGCUCAAUUCAUCAAGCCUUUGCAGGCUGGCGAGAUCGCUGUUGUAAACACCAACCGUGGCGUGCUGGAAUUGCAAGAGGCCAUCAAGAAGAAUGUCGGUGGUGAAGUGUUGUGCCGAGCAUCGUAAAUGACAAAAAAAAAAGUACUUAUACAUAGUUUGCAUCCCACAUAAUUUUUUCUGUCUUUCCACAAAAGCACAUACUUCUCCUCCGCACGUUCUCCAUCCUUCCCCUCCCAGUAUCUUUUUCCGUCCCACUAGUCCUUUUCAUCCAAGUCCAAAAGACUGCCUUUCCUUGUGUUGUAUAAAUUUUGUUUUCUUUAGGAAUAAAAAUAAAAAUAAAAAGCA